UCAGUCUUGUGUUUCCUGUUUACGGGCGGGAAGAGCGAAAGAAGCUAAACUAUCGGGUCUGUGUUCUUGCAUCGUUGUGUUUCAAACAUCAGCGGUACGUUGGUUUUUGUUUCUUAGCUCAGUUUCAAUUAUUUAUGAUAAACCGAAUUCCCCGCGACUCUGAUAUAUAUCUUUGCUUGACCUGUGCCUAUAGUUUAAAGGGAUUUGAAGCGCGAAACUGAUGGAGGAGCCCGCAGAUUCCGGCGGUGGCGGGGCAGCACAGGGCCCCAUGGCGCAAGUGGCGGAGAUCCGCUGCCCAAUAGCAGCGCGUCCUAUGCGGCUGCUGGAAUGGAAAGUCAAACCCGGUUCCCUCGUCAAUGUGGACUCUGUAUUGGCGUUAUGUGCUCCCAUCCCACUGGAGAAAGAGUCCGGGUCCCAUCCGCCAGGACAGCCCAAUCGGCUGUCAGAGAAGAAGCUGAAAUCGGACCGAGCUGGAGUGGUGAAAGAGCUAUGCUGUCAACUUGGACAAGUCAUAUCGCCUGGUGUUGUGGUUGUAAGAGUAGAAGAAUGCAGCCAUCCCAUUGUGAUGAAGGGCCUGUGUGCUGAAUGUGGCCAGGACCUCACACAGAUGCAGACCAAUAAUGGGAGGCAGCAGGCUCUCAUCUCCACGGCAAAUGUUUCCAUGGUGCACAGUGUCCCUGAGUUGAUGGUCAGCUCUGAGCAAGCAGAGCAGCUGGGCAGAGAGGACCAGCAGAGACUCCACAGGAACAAGAAGCUGGUUCUGAUGGUUGAUCUGGACCAGACCCUGAUCCACACCACCGAGCAUCACUGCCAGCUCAUGUCCAACAAGGGAAUCUUCCAUUUCCAGCUGGGACGGGGGGAGCCCAUGUUACACACGCGACUGCGUCCGCACUGCAAAGACUUCCUGGAGAAGAUCGCCAAGCUCUACGAGCUGCACGUCUUCACCUUCGGAAGCCGCCUCUAUGCACACACCAUCGCAGGCUUCCUGGACCCUGAGAUGAAGCUGUUUUCCCACAGGAUCCUGUCCAGAGACGAAUGCAUCGACCCCUUCUCCAAGACAGGGAACCUGAGGAAUCUGUUCCCAUGUGGGGACUCGAUGGUAUGUAUUAUAGAUGACCGGGAGGACGUGUGGAAGUUUGCUCCCAACCUGAUCACUGUGAAGAAAUACAUCUACUUCAAGGGGACAGGAGACAUCAACGCCCCGGCCGGGUCUGAAGAGGCUCAGCAGGGAAGGAAAGCAGGCAGCCAGGCCAGCCGACCAGCAGAGGCCUCAGAACCAGCAGUAACUUCAGGGACAACAGGGCCUAAAACAGGGUCAUCUGGGGGGUCGUCUGCAUCAGAGGAGCAGAGUAAUGGUCUUAAGAAACAACGGGCCAAAGACCACAACAAUGGAGGGAGGGGGGAGUCAACAGCACCCUCAGCCACUCAGGGUUCAGCAGCUAAUGAACGGACUCAACCGGACGGUGGCGAGGCUGUGGAGGAGGAGCGGGGUCAGGGCGAGGGAGCCGAGGCCAGCGCGGCAGCACAGGUGAGCGACAGGAUUAAUGUGAAAGAUGAGAUGAAAGCGGAGGGGAAUGGAGAGGGGAAGGAUGGCAGCAGGACAUUGGGCUCAGGGGAGGAAGCUCCCCUUCCGGGUGGGGUGAACUCCUCCUCCACUCCUCUUCCUCCAUUAUCCACUCCUCCAGACCUCCAUGAGCCCAACAGCAACCUGGACUUUGACCUGUCCAGUGACAGUGACGCUGACUCUCUUACGGGUAAACCCACCUCAUCAGACAACGAGAGGGAUGGGGUGUCCAGCCAGACCAAGAAGUCCAAACAGGAAGGGGAGGAGCAGGCAGCAGUAGAGGAGCCAUCGGGUGGGGCUGGAGGAAGGGAGAGUGAGAACAGCUCCGCGGUAGUAGGGGAGACCUCAGAUGAGACAUCUGGGUCAGAGGUUGUCUUCCCUCCAGACCCGGAGCAGGAGAACGGGCGCUUAGAGCGGAGGGAGGCUGAGACAGAGUCCCAGAACAGUGAACAGUCAGGAGUCACCAUGGGCGAGGAGUCUCUGGACCCUAGCAUGGAGGAGGAGGAAGAGGAAGAGAAAGGGGAGGUGGACGUGGACAAGGAUGACCACCUCAUCUACCUAGAAGAGGUGCUGGAGCGUAUCCAUAGAGAGUACUACGCCCGCUACAGUGCCUUCCUCGGGAAGGAACGCCCAGAGAUGCCUGACAUCAGGAAGAUCGUCCCGGAGCUGAAGGCCCGGAGCCUGGAGGGCACCACCAUUGUGUUCUCUGGACUGUACCCCACCAAUUACCCCAUGGAGAGAACCAGGGAGAAUUACCACGCCAAGGCCCUGGGAGCAAAGAUAGGAAAGGGCCUCCUGCUCCGCUCUAAAGACCCUGGCAGAACCACACACCUCAUUGCUGCUAGAGCAGGUACAGAGAAGGUGCGUCAGGCCCAAGGCUGUAAACAUCUCCAUGUGGUGAAUCCUGACUGGCUGUGGGGAUGUCUGGAGCGCUGGGAGAGAGUGGAGGAAUCACUGUAUCCACUGAAGGAGGACUACACCAAGACCCAACGGAGCAACAGCCCAGUCACGUUCCCUGACCUCCAAGGGUCCUUCCAGAACCCCCGGUUUCCCCCCGCCCCCAUUCACCACCACCCUCCAGCUGCCCCUGAGGUGCGGACGUACGACCCAGUCACGGGGAAGCUGAUUCGCCGUGGGACUCAGGCCUCCAGACCACCAUCUUACCUCCAGGCCUCCAUGUCUGCUGCCCAUGGCGACCAGACCUCGCUCAGGAGGGGUCAGAAGGACCAACAUGGGGAGACGGCGGGUCCCUCCAGUCGAGACGACGAGCAGCCUGGACCCUCCUGUCGGCGGAGGGAACGCCAGCCCAGCAUGUCAGAGACCAACCCCCUCUACACAUUCUGUAAAGAAGACCUGGACAGCAUGGACAAGGAGGUGGACGACAUGCUAGAUGAGGAGAGCGAUGAGGAGGGAGAUGGCCGGGGGAAGAAGACAAGGGAGAUGGAGGAGGAAGAUGAGAUGGAGGAGGAAGCAGAGGGGCAGCGUCCCCAGAGUAGUGGACAGAGCACUGAGGGAGAGAAGCAGCACCGCGAGCAGCAGCACCACCACCACCACCACCACCACCAACCGGGUCUGGCCACCGUUAUAGAGGAGACUGAGAAGGCACAGAUGCCACCUAGUGACCAGGGCGAUAUGAUGACGGGUAGCGUGCCAAGGGGACAGAAGCGCAAGCUUGAGGAGGAAGAGGGGGAGUCGGCGGACGAGUCCACCAAGGAUUCUAACGAGGAAGAGGAAGGAAGCAGCUCAGAGGCUGAUGAGAUGGCCGCUGCCCUGGAUGCGGAGCUUAACGACUUCAUGUGACCGCGAUGAAUUUGAUUGGACAAAUGAACUGGAUGUUUGAUUGGACGUUUGUGAACAAUGACUCACAGAACCCCCCCCCCCCUGAGUUAUCCCAGCAGCUUUUCAGCUACGUGGUACCUGAGAAUCAUUCUGUCUCUACGCUGUGUGUGUGCUUGUGUUUUAUCGAGGUGAAUGUGUUGUACAGAAUGAAGAGGUAGGUUAGUACAGUAGCAAAGCGUUGGUGUGUAAAUAUAGUUGUAGAUCAUUUUUAGGGUUAAUAUAGAAACAUUCGACAAACACAUUUGUGGUGUUGUUUUAUUGUGAGAUAAAAAAAUAGGAUGUUUUACUUGAGUUUGUUUUUCUAUUAAGACUUUUUUAUAUAAAUUCAACAAAUGAUUAACUUUAUUCAUUGGUCAUAUGAUGCCAAAGAGUUUGAACUCGGCCAAUCAGAGCCUGCAGCUAAACAUUUUACUCUUGACAUCACAUUCUGUGAUCCUAUUUCCUGUUGUUUUAUUUUUAGGGGUUGAUCAUUAAAACGUUGUUACCAGCA